AUGCUGGGUGCUGCGUACUGUCCUAUAAUGUUCAAAAAACAAAGGAGGGCAAAAUCGACCGCCUCGCUUUGGGACCAGAGUACUCACGCCGCCUUUGCGGGUGACCCAGCGUGUUCUCGAAGUGGUCAUGGGGAUGAUUCCGACGCAGAUCGCACUACGCUUCACGUGUUGGGGGGAUAUGCGAGUGUGCCUGCAGCACGUUAUGCAGCAGACUACAACAAUGGAGGCCCGCAGUGCAAAUUCACCGGAACUACCGUCAUAGAGCGCCAGUGCAGCUUUAUCUGUGAGGAAAUUUGGAGUAAAUAUGCUGCGGAACGCUUCAUGCGUUGUGCGGAUCCAAUGUCAUGCUUUACCAACUUCUGGAACACCACAGAACUAGCGAAGGAACCGCAAGUGGAUUCAAGUAUUCUCAUAAAAGUUGAGACCAAGUGCUCCUUUGAUGGGUAUCAAGAAUACAGUGCAGAAGACCUCGAGUCCUCUGCCAUAUUCGGAGGAGAAACACUUUGCAAGAACCAGAAGGAGUUAAAAGUCGUUGAUUUCGUUGUUGGACAUCCUUCCGCGUUUCGAGGAGACGACUGGAACUGCUUGCUGUACUCUCAGGCGGAAAAAGUAGCGGAGGCUUGCCAAAAGGACAGAAAAGAGAACAACAGGCUGUACUGCGAAUUGGGUAUCUACGACCUCCCCAAUGCCCCAGAGUUGUCUACGAUAUGCACUGAUGUGCCUUCCAAUGAAUACCGAUAUGCUCUGUUCUACGACUGUGACCCUCAUGUAGGCCCCAAUUGCUACAAAGGAACAGACCAGCCGUUUUGUCAGGUGCCCUGUAUAACGAUCUGGCGGGCUUUUGAGGCUAAAUUUGGCGUCCAUGACACCUACGAUCAGUUCAUGAGCAUCUGGAAGAACUACGACUUCACGCGGCUCUCAUUCAUCAGCUCCUCUGCAGCGGAGAGGGUUCAGGCUUGCAUCUUCGAAAAACGGUGGGACUAUGAAAGCUCCACUCAGAGCGCGAGCGCUUUUUCCUGCUUUGUGGAAUCGGUUUGUCUGGCCCUUGCACACGCCUGUAGAGGGGAUCCGUGCAUUAGACGCUAUGGCGAUCCCUGGUGUGCAACACGUGACUUGUGCUCAGAGUUUUCCACUUUCGUCAAGAAGAGCAGCGCCACCAACACGCUGCGGCUAGAGACUACCUGCGAAACGUAUGAACAGUUUUCGCUUGUAAACGUUGUUUCUGGAAGCUCGUCGACGCUUAGGGAGGGCAAGAGAGUCACGGGCUGCGCGGAGGCUGCCCUUACUGAUGCCGUCGAGCGACUGUUGCCUGCUGAGUUUGUGAAAGGAUCCUUGCGGACCUAUGAAGCAUCCCUUGAGGGGAUCGAACCUACUUUCGACACGUGCUCCGAAGACGAGAGAGAAUUCUUUGUCUCUUGGAAUUGUGCUCGCGGUGCGCACGAUUCAGCUUCCGAGGACAAACUUCCCUUCCAAUGCACCUUGUAUCGCGCGCAAGGAAAGCAGGAUGCGACGCACCACUCGUGUGCUUGCCCCAAUAGCGCAACACCCUGCGACAUGGAUGCUGCUCUGGUGAGCCGCAGCUGGCGGGAGCACGUUUCGGAAGGCGCAACUGUCAGUUUAUCCAACUACCUUGUGUUCAAACCUUCGAAAGCUGGACUUUUGAGCGUGAGCCUCAUGGAGGAACUGAGCACACCAUGUGCAGAAGAAUCUUCCUACGUGCUGUGUGAAGUGCCAUCAUGCAGCAGCGCGUUUUCAACUGUGGAAGGGGCUUCAGCUGCGGAUGAUGAAGAAUGCAAGACGCAGUGCUCGCAAAAAGCUGGCGGCCUGUGUGCAGCCUCCGCAAACAUCUGGCUGUGCAUCGCCAGGCAACUGCAUGCGGAGUGCUACAUUCCGAACAGAAACUCCCUCACCUGCUAUAUUGAAUCUCCUGGCCCCGAAGAUGCAAGCCAUGGCACUUGCGCAUGCAGCACUUCUUCCCUGGGGGCAUGCACGUCUCUAGAGGCAGAAGUCACACACUUCGUGUGGCAGGAGAGUCUUUCCCAGUUCUGGGAUGGCUCCGAGGGUGUCAUUGUGGCAAAGAACAACCGCGCGCUGUGGCCUUCUGCAAAGGCCUCGUGGCACUAUGAGGCUGGAUCUCAGGCAGGCUUGUGUGAGCAAAAGCGAUGGAUCAAAGGUGUCUUUUGCUUAGGCUCUCUUGCGCCAGACUGCAGCACUGCUGUAACGACGAAUCCCCAGAAGGCAAGCACACUGUACUGUCAGUACUACUGUGGACACGUUGAGUGGGAAUGUCGGGUUCUAAUGAUCCAAAAGCCUACUUUGUACAAGGAUAUCAUGGAGUGCUUCAAGCAGCUACAGACGGAAAGCGCGCUGAAGUAUUGCGAGCUUGACACAACUGCCAACAUGGCCGUUUCCUGGAUGGUGGCAAGCGGCACUGAAAGUCAAGUUUUGUUUGCAGAACCCAUUUAUCCUCCCCCAGUUGUUUUCUCGGGAGCACCGCAAGCGCUAGCGGGAGUUCCCAAGCUAGCCAUAUCCGCAGUGACGUCCUACAGCUUUAAGGUGCAAGCCUUCGGAAGUAUUUGCGGGUCUUCACCUCAAGCAGCAUCAGCGGAGCUUAAAGUCGUGACCAGCUACUUAGCUCUCCCGCCAGGGCAGUACGUUGCGAAGCAUUCGCCGAUUCGACUUCUUGUCGGCAGUUUGAGCUUGACGCAGCUGGGAGCCUUCCAAAUUCGCAUUCCAUUUGCGAUUCAGCAUCCUUCGAAGGCAGUUAUCCUCUUAGAACCUCAAGCCGCUACAGGGCGGUUCCCUGCGGUGAUUUUGGCGGCUUCUGCAUUUAAUCUGCUCGAAUUAAAUGCGCAAGGCCUUCAAGCGCGAUUGUCGUGCACGGAAGACUUCGCGUCGAUAACUGUAGGCUACUUGAUUGCCGACUUGUCGGAGGCUGGAUCGAAAAGCAGUCCGCUGGCAGCGUCGCUAGGAGGCCGGUCCUUAGCGGUGAGUUAUUUAGGGGAGAGUGGUAAUGGAACGAAGAUAAAGAGGGGGGGCAAAGGGGCAGGAAGCGAUUGUGGGCAGGAAGCGAUAGCUUUAACCCUGCGAGGCAAUAAUGCAAACUGCAAUAUCCUUUGUUGGGCAUUCUGCUCCUUCCUUCUCCCUCGACAAGCAAGCCAAUCCUUAGCUCCUUCCAGGGAGCAACUCUUCGAUUCGACACAAGUCGAUUUGGCAGCCAUACCGUUCCCCGAGAACCUGCCCACGUUCUUUACCCCCCACUUUUUUCCGCAAGUCGCAAGAGUUGGCUUUGACGGAAACGAGAAGUACUCCAUCCAGUGGAAGGCAAGCGCAGACAGUGCAACGUGGACGCCAUCCGCCUGGAUGGCCUUGUGCGGCACAGAUGAGCUCUUGUCUUUGAUGCCUCACUCCAUGCUGACGUUUACGGGAUUGUACAUCGACGCCACGUUGAGCAGCAUCUGCAAUGUCAAAGCAAUAGAGGACAAGGCCUUGACCGACGCAGAAUGCACAGAAAUGUGCUCGGGAGUCUUUCAACUGUACUGCUCCAAUUCAUCAAAUCCUGCAUAUUGUAUUGAAUUGCAUUCUCCAAAGGACUUCCUUGAUUCUUGCACCUUACCACGUAGGUUGCAGCAAACCACCAGUCCUAGACAGCCACAGAGACACUCUUCUGCUUUCUUGUGUUUUGCGUGGCCUCUCUCAGAAGAGGACAUGCCUUCCGAUGAGGCUCAGGGGGAAACGAGCGGAAAGCGUGAGGAACGUUUGCUGGUUUUUUUCUUUGAGGCAGGACGGUUGUUACUACUUCGAGGCGGUCCUAGGGCCAGCAGUAGUAUGCGUUUUCUUUCAUUUUUUGCGUGGCAUCGCGCGCACGCAUGCAUGCGUUUAUUUACCGCCUCCGUCCGUCACAGCGGGGCUGCUGCUUUUGCUGCAGCAAUGGAGGAUGCCGAGACAAGCGCGCAGUGUCGCGUAGUCGACAUGCGGAAGUAUCCCUCAGAUCUUGCGUGGAAUUCGGCUGCAUUUACGUGUGGGUGUCCAAGCCACGCCGUGCCUUGCACGUCGGCUGAAGCGGGGCGAGACUUGGCGUGGCUCCGCGAUUUGCGCUCUAAAGGCGGCCUCUGCGAGAAGGCGCCUGCAGAAGUCGUGCAGCCUGUAGUUCAGGAGUAUUGGCAGCUGUCUGUGGACGCCUGUUCGCUAGAGUCGAGUGGAAAUGUGUAUUUAUCGUGGAUUAAAAAGACGUAUCCCGCGUAUCCGGAUCUUCCAGGACCUGGAACUGGUCAAGAGUCGCUCAGCGGCUCUCACCUUUGUCAGUACAGCACUCCUUUCGUCUUCUGCCCCGGUGAGCGUAUGCCUUGGGGGAGAAGGGGUGGCAGCCUUCUGUUGAUUGACUCGAGAGGAGUCGAAAAAGAGGCUUCCGCUGCCUUUUUCCUGCAGCAGAGCCACUGCCCUUUUGCUUUUCGAACUGCAGCGCAGGCUACUGGGGAGGAACUCGACGAAGAGAAGAAGGAGGAGGCUUCAGGCAGCGAUGCUGCCCUUGACCCCCCUUCCUGCUACGAAAGCGAAUGGGGAGACUGGUCCGCCUGCAGUGCGACUUGUGUAGCUGGGGACGGCUCAACUCCGUAUCGCCACAGAACAAGAAUCCCCCUUGUCGCCGAUGGGCUCAACACGGCCGUCAGCUGCAUUCUGGAAGAAAGCAUGCAGUGUCUAGGACUGCUGCAGCAAUGCGAAGGGUCUUGCUGGACGGCCGACUGGUCCCAGUGGAGUGCAUGCGCGUUGGUGCUCAAAGACAGAGAAGUCAUCAAGGCGAGGCGGCGAUACAAGCCGGUAUUUGCGGGCGCCAAGUACUGCAAAAUCGACGAGAUCCAGCAAUUCCUUCCAUGCGAAUCGAACGAAAUCCAGGAGAAAGCAAGCGAAGCGGGAAGUCCCCAAUUCGCUGAAGUUUUUUCUCUUUCAGAAAGCACCGUAGAAACUUCAGACUGGUCAGGAUGCGACGUGCCGGCAGCGUACAAAGGGUAUGUGCUUUCGCUGUGCGCUUCAGACUGCUCUCAAGCGACUCCUGUUCACGUCGAUUCUCAGUCCGGUGAUGCCUGCGUGAAAAAGUGUGAAGCAGUGAAGCAGGCGUGCACAAAGCUAUUAGAAAAGAACGCCUUAGAAUCGCCGUUCAAGAGCUGUGUCCUCUCCGAACUUGCGUCCUCGGAGUUCUACCUUACUUGUAAAUUCUCUGGAGCUCUCCAGACUGGUAAGGUGGCAUGCAGACCGACCUUUACCAGAAUUAUCGAUCCAAGCAGCCGAUACGCCUUCCUAAAAAAUACAGCUCCUGAUGAAGAAACGUCGGCAGACACGGGAAGCGUCGAAGAUUCGCGCUUGCCCGUCAGCUGUGCGUGCUUGGAGGACGGCCUGGAGCCGUGCAGUGCAGACGACAUCGUUCAAGACUGGCUAAAUAUCCGAAAUGCCUUACUAGGGGCUAGUGGGCUUUGCACGACAGCACUUGCCCAAGAACCACUGUGGCAGCGCUCUGAAGAGAGUGCGACAAAAGCUCCAGAUUCAAGUAUUUUUUUAGCAUUUGCAGGUCUGGGUAGAUUCCACUGUCCCCUGCAUACGUCCAUCAAAGACACGACGGCUGACUCUCAGGAGCGCUUCACUUUCACGCAGUUUGCCAGCACGGAGAGCCUCAACGACUUCUGCCAGCACGGACUGAACUAUUGGGAAGGCGUAGAAAACCCCUUGACUUGUAAGCCAGCGGCUUUCCGCGAUGGGUGUCUACACGCUGCCGCUCCAGACGCUUCUGCCGCUGCUGAGACGCGCGCAGACACGAGGAUGCCAGACUGCUCGGGGGCGAUGGCAAAGAACUCCGAAGGACCUGAACCAACAGAAGGCACUGUGUUUUGCCAAGACUUAUGCAGAAAGCUGCUACGCGCAUGCAUUGCCGAAGCUCAAGAGUUUUCGUACGAAGCGUGUUUGAUUAGGCCAUUUGAGACCCCAGAAUUCGCGGACAAAUGCACGCUUUCGCCCGAAAAGGAACCCAAGUGCGAGUUUACUGAAUGGAGCGAAUGGUCGGCCUGCUCAUUGAGCUGUAUUCCAAGUGCCGGAAAUGUAAGCUCGUCGGUGCGAAUAAGGACCCGCGAAGCGCUAGAGUAUGGAAAGAGAUCAUUUAAGUGCCGUGAUUUCUCGCUUGCUGGUAAGCAGCUUGUCACAACCACAAAGCCACCAUCAGUAGAUCGGAAUAGCAUUCCUGCGGACAUCACUCCUCAGCGUUGCACUUUUGUUAACAUGGACGCGGAAGGCGCGACGAAGGAAUACGACAUAUCAACCGAUUCGUGCUCUUGCCCCAACGGGUACCGACCAUGUUUCAGAGGAGAGGCGCUCUUGGCUGGGCAAAACUGGCAGACUGACGCGUACAAACUUUGUGCUUCUCUUUCCAACGGCACCAUUGGUGCAAGAAACUUUGAGCAGUACAGUUGCGUUUUCCGCGGUUUUGAGAAAGACCUGACUGUGGAUGCCGCGUCGAGCGUCGAGGAGAAGGAAAUUUUUUGCGCCAAGGCUAAAUACAUGCUCUGUGCGGUUAGUGACCCUGGAAUCGCGGCUGAAAACGCCACAGUAUUUCUCAUUACUUGCCUCUGCCUUGGGGCCUUCACAGGCAUUGUAGUAGCAUACAUUUCCCUGCAAUACAGCAUAGACCUGCAGAAGCUGGUGGGGCUGAGGGGGAGGUAUGCAACUAUUAGUCUCGAGCUACAGCAGUUGAGGGAGAAGCGUGAUGAAGAAGAAAGCGAAGAGGCUCUACUUCUCAACUCCGACGAUAAACAUACAGAGCCGGAUGUCACUCCAGACUCCGUUCCCGCGUACGAGGGUGAUGAAAAUGACAGUGCGCCCGUGCGGCGAAAUUCGUUAAGGAACUUGCAAUAA